GAAACCAACGAUAAACUCAGGUGUAUUCAUAUGGUUUUAUCUUACCCAGUUCACGUGACUGAUUACUUUGUUUACUGAAGUUUUAAACUUAAAACAAACUAAAGUUUUAUCUUGUAGUGUUGGUCAUUACUUAUUUACGUAUGAUAGACAAAAGCUAAACUGGUGUGAUUUGUUGUGCUGUUUAUUCUAGCUUACCAGCAUUUAAUGUUCCCAAAAUAAUCAAGUUAGAUUAAAGGUUAAGAGAUCUAAAGUUUUAGUGUUUGUAAAAAUCAUUCAGUAAAAUGGCAACCUUUUCACAAUCCACCAUUGACAAGGGAUCUGACAUAGUCCAAGACUUCUUGUGCUCGACCUGUGAAGACAAGAAGCUGGAUAAAAUGGCUGAUUUCUACUGUGAAUCUUGUGUGAAGUUUUACUGUGGAGAAUGUGUUAACAUGCACAACAAGUUGUUUACAAAACAUACCCCCUAUGGAAGAGGAGCUAUGAAGAAAUGGCCAGUGGCCAAGAAGGUUGAAGAUUUUCUUCUAAAAUGUGAUAUUCAUAAAGAAGAAAGCCUGAAAAUGUAUUGUGAUGAACACAGUGAGCUGUGCUGCACAAAUUGUGCAUUCCUUAAACACAGACUCUGCCAAAAGGUAACUCUUAUAUCCGACAAAGUAAAAGGUCAGUCCACAGACCUUCAAAAACUGUCAGUUUCUAUCAAAACUAUUCUGGAAGAAAUAAAAAAACUUCAAGACAACCAAGAGGCUAGCAUUCAAUAUGUUCAAAGUUCAUAUGAUAAGCAGUUACACACGAUACAGAAAACUCGCCAAAAUAUAAAUUCAGCCUUAGACACAAUCGAACAAAAGACACUGAAGAAAAUGAAAGAUACUCUGACCAAACUACACGCCUCUUCAAAAAUUGCUGUUGACAAAUGCAUCAGGCUUAGGGAUGAAUUUAAACAACUUCGUGACGCCAUACAGGAUAUCAGUGAUAAAAGCACACUGGAACUAUCCUUUAUAGCCAUCAGGAAAUGCAAUGAUAAAAUACAGCAGUCUGAAACAUAUCUGAAGGGAAAUUCUCUUCAGUCUAAAGUUUCAAUAACAUUUCUGCCUAACCGUGAAAUUGUACAGUACUUGUCUAAACUGUCAGGUCUUGGCAAGAUUGAACACAUUACCCAGACAUUGAUGGGGCAAUCAGAUCCGAACAAGGUGUUCACUGUGCAGGGGAAGUCUGUACACAAUAUGAAAAUGUCAAGUGAUUCACAUAAAUGCAGUAUCCAAGCCAUCUGUGUUCUCCCAGACAGACAGGUUGUGGUUGUAGACAACUCUAAUGCGAAUGUCAAGCUUCUUGACCAGCAGUACCAGGUGGUGAGUCACUGGAGUUUUACUGGCACGCCAGCGGGUAUGUGUGAGAUCACACCCAGUGAGGUGGCUGUGACUCUGAAUAAUAUCUGUAGUAACACAGAUGAGGUCCAGUUCAUCACAAUCAACAACAGGCAGCUGGUGAUAGGAAGAAAGCUUCAGUUACAACAUACAUGUAGUGGUAUUGCCUUCCACCAGGGAGACUUGUAUAUUACUGCUCUCACAGCACUAUACAAGUACACACUCAGUGGGGAACAAGUCAGCAAGAUGUAUGAAGAUACAUCAGGCAAAUUAACAGUAUGGAGGUGUGCUGUGCAUCCCACAGGGGACAAGUUGUACAUCAUUAACCUAUCCCAUGACAAGCUCCUCAUCCUGGCCAGGGAUGGGUCAGUCCUGGCCACCUUCACUGACCCUGCACUCAACGCCCCACAUGCUGUACACGUGACACCUGCAGGCCAGGUGCUGGUAUGUGGAGGCCUACGCCCCAACUUCUACAUCACACAGGUGGACAGUGAGGGGAGAAGGAAGCUGGCCACUCUUGCUACUGAGGAGGAUGGAGUGGAUGGCCCAUGGUCAGUCUGCUACAACAGACACACCGCCUGCUUUGUUGUCGGACUUUUAUUAAACAACAGUAUCCUGGUGUUCAAAGUACAAUAGUGUAUUUUAGCAUACAUCUUAUUUUAUUAUUCAGAUUAUUUAAAAUGGCCAUGAGAAUAUAUUGUUGUACAAUUAGAACAUUGUGAUAUGAUACUAUAACAAUGAUAGUAUUAAUAAAGAGUUCAUGUGAACAUUAGAAGUGCUAUGAAUGUAUGAACUUGUUACAUCUAUGACAAUUCUUUAUUAUUUCUAUUUCACUUAACACGUUUAAAUGAUUUUAGUUCAGAGAAUAAUUUA